AUGGCUAGACCACUGGUGAAAGUGAUGUUGAGAAUCAAAGGUGAUUCUGGGGAGCUUAAUUCAUCUUUCUUAAAUGUGGAUGCUCGAAAGAAACAAGUUACAGUAUAUGACCUUUCCUCGGGUGGUGGCCAAUCUUCACCUGCAGAAAGGAGAGCUGGCGUCUCUGCGCCUAAAAUGUUCGCUUUCGAUGCCAUUUUUUCGCCUGACGACACUCAGGCUGAAGUGUGUUCUAGUUCCUUACCAGAAGUCAUUCAAGCUGUUGUCGGAGGUACUGAUGGAUGCCUUUUCGUUUAUGGCCAUUCCAAACUUGGUAAAACGCAUACAAUGGUGGGAAAUAGCGAAUCCGUGCAAGAACUUGGUGUGAUGCCCUGCGCCAUUUCGUGGCUGUUCCGACUUAUCUACGAACAACGGCAAAAAACAGGAGCUCGUUUUUCUGUUCGUGCUUCAGCACUUGAAUUAUCAGGGAGGAAUGAAGUUCUUCGAGAUCUUCUGACCGAAUAUGCAGCAGGAACUGAGGGCAGUGGUACCUCUCCCGGGGUCUACUUGAGGGAUGACCCAAUAUUCGGAGCUCAGCUUAUAAACCAGAGUGAACUUAGGGCGCCUACAGUCGAGAAAGCUGCCUAUCUAUUGGACGCUGCCUUGGCUGCCAGAAGCAGAG